UGGAGCCAUCGGCGCGGACCCGACUCUCCCAUAACGAUCUAUCUGGCCCGAGGCAGACAGCUUGUUGGCUCACUUGGCCCAGAUAUUCCCCCGCCCGAGCGUGCCGACGCGGAGGCUCUCUAAGUCAGCUGCGCUGCGGUACGUGCUGCGUACCCGAUAGCCUAUCGCCAGGGACAUUAGAUGGUCUCGCAAUGAAGAGAAAGCGUUUAUGACGUAGGGAGCAUAUGGCAAGCCUUGAGGCGACGCGGAGUAUAUAAGAUGAGCUUUGGAGCCAUUUGACCAGCCAACUUGGAACGUCCACAGCUACUCUCCGUUGCGCAUACAUCAAUCGAACCUAUUCGCACUAUUGACCACUUUUCACAACUCCCACUACGCCAAAAUGCCAGCAGAAGGCAGAAUCGUGGAAGACCCCCCAAAGUACGACCGAAGUCGGCCGCUCCCUUCCAUGGAGCUCGCAUACCAAUACAAGUUGCCCAACUGCCCCGGCGGGUCAAGCAUCGGGCUUCUCGUAACCUUCCCACCCAACUCGUCCACCCCUCCCCACCGACACGCCGGGGCAGCGGCGUCAGCCUACGUCCUCUCGGGGACCCUACUCAACAAGAUGAACAACGAGCCGACGAGGGUGUUUGACAAGGGUGGCAGCUGGUUCGAGGCCCCCGGCUGCCACCACAAGGUCAGCGACAACUACAGCGCCACGGAGACGGCCACGCUGCUGGCGACCCUAGUGGUGGACACCGAGGACGUGGACAAGGGUGGGAUUGCCGCGCUCGUGGAGCUGGACGAGGAGUACAGGGACAUUAAAUUUUAGACUUGACUUGCUGACCACUGUAAAAUGGACGGUGUGGACGUG